AUGUUUUUCCUUUUCGAAGUAUUUUUUUUAACUCUCUGCCCUCAACUUGAACUAGUACAUCAGUCAUUACAAGUUCACAACAGCCUCUUACCUAUGUUACCUGAUAGCUCGACAUGUACUACAACUAGUUGUAGGUACAGCACACCCAACAGUCGUUUUCUUGAUAGUUCUUUUCAUUUUUCAGCCGUUUCUCCGCUCCUCAAGGGAAAUCACCCUACAACACGUACGCCCUCUGCCACCACCCUGCUUGGUACCAACCUAUCCCAAUCAUCUUACAGCUUUCCUAACUGCUCUGGUUGGUAUUUACUAGGACCAACAACUAAGUGCCUCGACCUGAGCUCGUGGCUCAACACUUUCCUUCUCCAAAAAUCAUAGAGACCAAC